AUGAAGUCGGGUGCUUGUAGUGAGAUAAGUUCAACCGUUUCAGCUUUCUUUUUGUUUUUCUUAUUGCUUUCUCCUGUUUUCUCGACAAUAGAUUUAAGACAUGCAAACAAAACCUUCGAGUCAAAGAAGAUGAAGUCGAUUAAAGCUACUCUUGGGAAAAACAACAAACGUUGUGUGAAAUCAAUUAAGAGCCCAGAUGGUGAUGUAUUAGAUUGUGUUUUGUUUCAUCUUCAACCAACUUUUGAUCAUCCUAUGCUGAAAGCAACCAUGCCGUUGGAUCCACCGAAGAUACCAAAUGGGAAUAAGAAAGGGGGAAUGGAAACAGAAGUUAAGCAGUUAUGGAAUUCAAAAGGUGAAUCACGCCCACAAGGAACAAUUCCAAUAAGAAGGCAAACAGAAAGUGAGAUUUUGAGAUCCAAUUCUAUUUCCAAAUUUGGGAAAAAACUUAUCAAGAGAAAUUCUAUUUACGUUGGCCAUGAGAACGAUGGAUAUCAAUCUGGAUGCUAUGAUUUGCUUUGUGCGGGGCUCGCCCAAAGGACUCAUGAGUUUUGCCUUGGAGCUAGUAUUGCUCCAAUUUCAACGUAUAAUAGUAACCAGUUUGAUAUCACAAUAUUAAUCUGGAAGGAUCCGGGACACGGAAAUUGGUGCUUGAUGGUGGGAAACAUUCAAGUUGGAUAUUGGCCUAAAGAAUUGUUCACAGACCUUCAUGAACAUGCAGCUAAGAUUGAAUUCGGGGGAGAGGUGUACAAUACUAAUACUGAAGGUCCACACACAUCAACUCAAAUGGGUAGUGGUCAUUUCUCGAGUGAAGGGUUUGGGAAAGCAGCAUAUGUUAAUAACAUCCAAAUGGUUGAUCAAAAUAAUAUGUUACAUCCAGUUUCAGAUUUGGAAUUAUAUGCAGAAAACAUGAAUUGUUAUGAUGUUAGUAAUGGGUACAGUAGCACUUGGGGUAAUUAUAUUUUUUUCGGGGGCCCUGGAAGUAAUCCAAAUUGUCCCUAA